ACCCAAGCAUUCCAUUCAAUAAUUGUUUAUGAUUUAGAAUUAAAACCAAGCCAAACCCAACGUAUGUGUUUUGUAUUGGAAUUGAAACCAAAUCCAAAAUAACAAGAACAAUUAAUUUUUGUUUUUUCGAUCCUUGCACGAUUUCCUUGUUCAAUCAAAGAGUAAGAUUCGAAUCCUCCCUUCUCAAAUUAAAAAAAAAAAAAAAACGAUGAAAAAAAAAUUUGCUAGAUGUCAAAUUUUAGCAGGGUAUAAUUUGGUUUAUCUACCCAACUGAGAAGGUAAUUUCUUGUCUUGUUCUCCAUUUUUCCACCUAGAAAGAGUCACACAGAUGGACUAGUAUCACCUGCCUUUCUCACAAGAGAAAAAAACGGAAGAGCAUAGAAAAAGACCAUCACAUGAAUAAAUUUCCUCAACAGUUACAAUCAAAGCCAAUAAAUGUUCCAAUUUAAAGCAUUAACCUGAAUUUCAGACUUGAUAUUCUUAACAGCUUUAGACUUCCUAUUGACUUCAAACACAUCCUCCCUCAUCAAAAGAAAAAACGUUUUGCAAACCAAUGAAACAAAUUUUAAAACCUGCCUCAUUUCCCACUCCUCUCUGUCUCUUAUUUUCUCCAUUUGAAAAUCUUUAGUAUUUUCUUUUCUUUUUAAUCAUCUGCUUGCCACUAGAAAGAUACAUUCUCCAAGUUUCUGUGAUCAAAUCUCAAGGAUAAACAUGGGUCUAAAAGAUCUUCACCUUAAGCUUAAGGGAUGAUCAAAUUUAUUACUGAAGAAAGAAAUUCAGGGUUUUGGUUGAAGGGUAUCUUUCUUCUGGCAUUUAGGCUGAGACGAUUUCGGAUAGGAGAUGGUGGGAGCAAGAAAAGAGAGAAUGGGAUUAAAAAGAAGCCAUCUUGGAUGAUGCCAAUCUCUCAUGGCUAUCAUGUUGUGGAGCAUAAAUCAUUGAGCGGCAGUUUGGAUGAGUCAGACUUUGAUUCAAUUGUGGUUCAGAGAGAGCAAAUUGAGGAGCUUGAGCUGUGGUUCUUUGGUGUUUUUGAUCAUCGGAUUGGUGAUGGAGUUACCAAGUACAUGCAAUCUCAUUUCUUUGAUAAGAAGCCUAAAGAGUCUCAAAUAAAUAGAAAGACCAAAGAGACAAUGAAAAAAGCAUAUCUUGGUGCAAGAGCAAAGGUCCGAGAAGCACAAAAAGAAGAUGAGACGCUGAGAGCUGGCUCAGCAUCUGUGAUGCUGAUCAAUGGAGAAAAGCUUGUGACAGCCAACCUGGGUGGCUACAGAGCUGUUAUAUGUAGAGAUGGUGUGGCUCAUCAGAUGAGCAGCAAGCACCAUGCUGGAGCCAGAAGACAUUGGACUCGAAGACUGUUUCCAGUGCGCAUAUUGGCAUGCGACUCAAGUAAUGCAGCAGCGUUAAGGCACCCCAAAAGCUCCGAACUUCUUGUUGGGGCUGAAAAGGUCGAUGCUGAGACUGAAUUCAUCAUCAUAGCAAGCAAUGGAAUCUGGGAGGUGAUGAAAAAUCAAGAAGCUGUGAAUCUGAUCAGGCAUUUAGAGGAUCCACAAGAAGCUGCUGAGUGUCUGACAAAGGAGGCUUUAUCAAGAAUGAGCAAGAGCAAUAUAUCCUGUGUCAUCAUCCGUUUUGAUUAGUACUAUGUUUUUUCUUCUGGAGUUCAGCGUCGGUUUAUGUAUCAAUGAACCCCAAAUUGCAACCAAAAGGGGUUUUGUUUUGUUUUGUUUUUUUUUAACUUUCAGAAUAAAAUGGAAAUGGCAACAAUCUAAUAGGAGCAGCAGAUGGAUUAAAU